CGGCUGUACAUGACACAGGAAUGCUCAAGGCUGUGCGCGAACACGCGGCAAUUGUGAGUAGGAUUUGCUACUGAUAUAUGGAGCGACAGCUUUCAGAGCAUGCCACACCAUGAGCACUACCUCAUUCAAUAUUGAUUCGGAAUAUCGCAUCGAUGAUUUGUGCAAAUUGGUCUUGGGAAAUUUAGAGUAUCAGCAGGUGGGGGAUAGUGACGGGACUCCUGGCACUGCACCUCCUGUCAAAACCAGCGCCUCGAAAUAUGGCAAGGCACUAAUACACAAACUGGAAUUGCUCAAGGACACUCGAUUCUCCCACUGGCGUCACGAGUUUAUUGUCCUUACCCUGACUUACGCAAGUGAAAGGCGUGUGCUUUACUUGGAACAUUCUUGGCAUGGCGGCGCAGGACUAGGAGAACGGAUACCCGUGACUCUUAGCAGUCUUUUUAGUAGUCAGAAAGGCAGCGCGGAUGAAGCAAUGUUCUAUAAACCGAAUGAUCCUCAUGAAGACCACCGGAGGAAAUGCACCAUGACUCUCCUCGAAAUUCAGUUCUCUGAUCAUCCUACUCACAGCCCUGUCACUCUUCAUUCCAUCGCCCGAAUUCUAAGGCAAAUGGGGACGAAACAUAAAGCCUAUGCGUUGUUCAGUGCCAAUUGUUGGGCUUGGUCUCGAGGCAUUGCUAUGGCCGUUGCCAUAGAGUCUAGUAGCAACGUUGAGAUAGUGACCAUGUCAGGGAGGGAUGUGACGUUGCACCAGCUCAAAAUUUACCUGUUGACCGAGUAUGGUGCAUUUGGGGGUUUACUUUUGCAUUGCAUAGAGAAAGGGAGGCAUGACCUACGUUGGCACGAGUAUUGUACUCUGCGAUUUGCUUGUUUCCUUUAUGGCUUCAUUGACCUUGGACUUUGGUUCAAACAUGUCAUUUUCGGUCCUCUCAACUGGGUACUACGCGUCAAGGAACUGUGCAUUUACAACGACCGGACGACCGACAUGAACGAUCAAGACCAUACAUACACCCUACUGCCGCCUGAUUUCACAGAUUUAUUCCCUACAUUUCCGGGUAUCUCUACCCACACUCUGGGAUCCAGAUUCUGCGGGCCAAGUAAAUAUCUAUAUAUUCUGGUUCCUCCAAUUGCAACCCCUGGAGCAAGAAUCACAUCAGUUCAUGUAUUUCUUUAUGGCACUGUGGAGUCGGAACCAGGCCAGGAACAGUCAGCCUCUGUUACCGAAAACACUCUCAACAGAAUGGAAUGGUUUCAAUGUGCUAUUCUUCGGCCAACACCGGACGGAAGACUCAUCGAGGUAUCUGAACCUGCUUGUUUUUCACUCAGCGUACAGUUUCGGAGUGAAUCGGGGAGGCGAUCGUAUGGUGCUGUACAUAUCAUGGAACAUCAUCAUCCAUUGACUCUGGGGUUACGCCAAGGGGACUUGAUAGCAAUAUGGGCCCUCGGAAGAGCUGGCUUUAUCCACAAACCAGCAGGCGCUUGGAUCAAGGUUGUGACGAAUUACCGGCUCGGAAUUUUAGAUUGGCUGGUUACGAUGCACGUGGCGAAAACGAUUGCAGGACUUAUCCUAUACCCUCGUGGUCAUACUUGGCUAGAGAUUGUCAUAAAGUGUUGCCAUGAACUGAAGUACCUGUUUAUUGAGAUUCCGUGGUGUUUAAACAGUUUUUGUAGUGACUGGCCAUGGUCCGCAAUUAACAUGGCAGCAUCACACUUACUUUCUACUGUCACACCGCUCCAGCUACCUGAAGAUAACGGUGACUCGGACGAGCACCCAGUCGAAGUGACAUUGUCCAACUUCAUAGAACAACUUCUCUCACCAAACGGCGGAAAAGGGUCGCCGUUUUGUAGAGCUAUAAUACACUCCAUCUCCUUCGCACAAGCUGAGAUUGACCUCUUCAAGAUCAUCGUUCUGCUAGUCACCCUCGAUAAUGUGAAGUAUUAUGUCCAUAUAUGUCAUCCCAAAGACGAGGAAUCUCUCUGGCACCAUUUUAUCACUUCCCUGUGGAGCUCUCAUGGGCUUAUGCAGGAUACAGUGGUAAUAUAUCGACAAGGAAAAAUGCAGAGAGCCGCUUGGAAAGCCUUGGAUGUCGAUUUCACAGCCGAGUUGUCUGAUAGUGACACUGCAGCAUCGCAGAGUAUUCUCUCGGUCGCCUUGCAUUUACGCAACUUACGGAACAAUUACUGGUGGUAUUUCUGGCUGAAUGAAAAUUGGCAGUGGCCUAUAUUUAUCGUGAAGGCGAUAAUGAAAUGUUCUGGCGAGAUUGUCCGUCUGCAGCUGCAAUGCGACGAAGAGCCGCUGCAGAUUGACAAGUGGGAGCAAACUAACGACUUGCUGGGAGAUAAGGUAGAAGGUUGGAUACAUGCGGAAGGCAGAAUAUAUGGGAAUGGAAUGAAGGAUGAUAUACUUUUCUUGUUUGUGCAUGCACGAGCGCGUUUCUUGAUAUGGUCAGGCAUACUAAUCUCUUUCUUUCUUCAUGUUUACUAUCACUUCUAAUCUCUGUAAUGAAUGCCACUCCGCUGGCUACAGAAUUCCCUUUGUACCGAUUCCGAGUGCUACUCUGCCGCCUAUGGAGUUCCCAUUAUACCGCUAUCAUAGCCAUUCACCUGAUAUAAAAGCCUGUUCUUACUUUCCCGGUAUCUUUAGUUGAUAAACUCCCGCUCGCUCAUCUCUCAUGAUCGGUCAAUCCACGUCGAACUCACUAGCAUCUCAUAUCAGGCUUUUGCUAAUCAAAGGCUUUUAACGUUGAC